AUUUUUCCAAAGCCUCUCUGUUUUCUGCAACUUUGCUCUGUUUUUAGAACAAUAAUGGAUUCACUUCAAAUAAAGAAAAUUCAAGCCAUCAACAAGUACAGGAAACAGCGGCUUCUCAACAAGAUCAUGCUCUACUCUUUCACUUCCAUGACUUGCAUUUUGAUUCUCUCAAGUCCUCUUUGUUCUAAGUGCAUUUUCUUAAUUGGAAACAUUAUAGUCAUAGUCCUUGUUGGAGAGUCCAAGAUCUUCAAAUCAAAAUCUAAUGUACUGAAACAGAGCUAUGCAGCAGAGCAAGAAAAUGAUGAUAAAAACUUCAUCUUUGUCACUGGAGAGUGUAAGAUUUCAAGAUCGAAAUAUUCUUCUUCUUUACCUUUUAGUGUAAAUUUUAAAUAUGGGCCAGAGCAAGAAGACGAAUUUUGCGGAUAUGAUGAUAAUAAUGAUGAUGAACCUGAGGAGGAAAAGGAAAGUGUUAAUCUUGAAAAUGUGAUGGAUGGAAUUAAGGGAAACUACUGCAGCAGCAAUUACAGAGAGAAUGAAGAAUUAGAGAAUUUUAAAGAGUUGAAAUUUGAAACAGAGCCUAAUGAAUUAAGCAAGAGAGCUGAUGAUUUCAUUGCAAGGGUCAAUAAUCAAAUUAGACUUGAAUCUGUAACAAUGAUUUAGGCUAAUCAUACAUUUUCCCAAUUGUAAUCUCUCUUAUAUAUAUAUACACUUAAAACAAACUGCAAUUUGCAUAAUUUGUUCCCAACUAAUGAUGUGAAGUUGUUAAUACUUUCACUUAAAUUACUCUACUAUGAUAU